AUGGAUCUGGCUACAACCCCAGGAAUUCCGCCGCCGGACGGCCAAGAAUCGCAUUUCCAUAGGCCCUAUAACUCGUUGCAAACAGGGACUGUCAUCCCCUUUGGAAUCACCUAUCUCAUCGCCACAAUUUUCCUUGCCCUUCGCUGUUUCCAGGAUUUCAUGCUGAUCAAGAAGAUUGAGAUAGACUUGAACACUUACACUACACUAGUCACUAUCACGAUUUCCUAUGGCAUUGCACUGGUUUAUUUUGUGACUAUGGUUAACUGUUGGAUAUUUGUGAUGAACUAUGGUUGGGGAAAACACAUGUGGAAUGCUAACUUGGAAGAUCUCAUGGAGUUCAAUAAAGGCUUGCUCAUCAAUACCUUGACCUAUUUGAUAUGUCCAUGCAUCACCAAGAUGGCCAUUCUUUCUGUCUUAUAUCAAAUCAAUCCCGCAAAGAUGUACCGCUACCUCGUCGUGACUGUUGCAGUGGCGAUCUUUGCAUACACCCUGACCUUAGGCAUCAUCACCGGAGGACCGUGUAAUCCUCUCCAUGCAGGAAAUACAGCGUGUUUAGAGAACGUUGCCCUAUCUCAGGCAGUUCUGAACAUUGCCUCUGAUUUGGCUGUGAUCGCCAUCCCAAUCCCGACGAUCCACGGUCUCCAUUUUUCAACGAAACAAAAAGUCACGGUCGGCUGCCUUGUCAUCAUCUGCUCAAUAGCUCGCCUACCAUACGUUUUGCUCCUCGGCGAAACUGCCGACACAACCUAUACCGAAGCCAUCCUAGAGGUAUGGUCCCUUGUCGAGGUCAACCUUAGCAUCAUCUGUGCCUGCGCAAUGCAGUUCAAACGCCUGAUUGCGAUAUAUCUACCACGGCUUUCACUAUUCUCGGCACGCUCGCACGGUACUACGAAACUCAUAGAGGAUACCCCUCUUUCGUACCAGCUGCACAGCACCCAUGACAAGAAUGCCGAUCCAUUUAUCUCCGUCCACCGAUCGUUCAAUAUGGAUGAAGAACGCACGCAUGUAUAUCGCGGGGACAAUGAUAGCGCCGACAAAAUUCUGGCGUGA